ACACACACACUCCUCCACCUCGCACACCUUCCCUUCCAUCUGCACACGCAACCCCUGGUCUGGCCGGAUGAGUUACCACCCGGUGGACACGAUAGGGAGUCCAUUCAGGAGAAGUAUGGAUAGUAGGACCACCUACGGCCGCUCCACUGGCACCCCCUCCAGCGGGUUCCGUUCUCAGUCCUGGUCCCGGGCAAGCCCAGGCUCCACGAUGACCUCCUCCUACAAGAGGAGCGUCAAUAUGCCGGUAGCCCGAGCGUACAGCUCCACACUCCUCAGCUCCGCCGACAGCGUUGAUUUCAAUCAAACGAACGGAGACUACAAGCGCUCCAACGAGAAAGAGCAGCUCCAGGGGCUCAACGACCGCUUCGCCGGUUACAUCGACAAGGUGCACUACCUGGAGCAGCAGAACAGCCAAAUCGAAGAGGAGAUCCAGACGCUGCGGCAGAAGCAGGUGUCGCAAUCCCAGCUAGGCGAUUUAUACGACCAGGAACUCCAGGAGCUGCGCUCCAUGCUGGAGCAGAUUCACCACGAUAAAGCGCAGAUCCAGCUCGACACGGACCACGUCGAGGAUGACAUCCAGAGAAUUAGGGACCGUUUCGACGAGGAAGCCCGCAUCAGGGAUGAGACGGAAGGCAUCAUCCGGGCGUUGAAAAAAGAUAUGACCGACUCUGAUUUGGUGAAGUCAGAGUUGGAGAAGAAAGUUCAGUCACUGCAUGACGAGAUUGCCUUUAUCCGCAACAACCACGAGGAAGAGGUGAGCGACCUGUUCGCCCAGGUGCAGGCGUCGCAGGUGACCAUGGAGAGGAAAGACAUCCAGAAGACGGACAUCACCGAGGCGCUCCGGGAGAUCCGCACCCAGCUCGAGGGCCACUCCAACCAGAACCUGCAGCAGGUGGAGGACUGGUUCAUGUGCCGCUAUUCCAAGCUCACUGAUGCUGCGGAACAAAACAAAGAUGCAAUCAAGUCCGCCCGUGAUGAGAUAGCAGACUACCGCCGCCAGCUCCAGUCCAAGACCGUGGAGUUAGAGUCCGUCCGUGGAACCAGGGAGUCACUGGAGAGGCAGUUGAAUGACAUCGAGGACCGACACAACAGCGACCUGUCCAGCCUGCAGGAGACCAUCCACCAGCUGGAUAAUGAGCUCAAGGGCACGAAGUGGGAGAUGGCGCGUCAUCUGCGCGAGUACCAGGACCUGCUCAAUGUCAAGAUGGCCCUGGACAUUGAGAUAGCUGCAUACAGGAAACUCCUAGAAGGUGAAGAGACCCACUUUAGCACUUUCCUUUACCGCCACACCGUCACCUCCUCUAAGAAGUCCAAGUAUGAGCCUCCCAAACUGAAAGUCCAGCAUAAGUUUGUCGAGGAGAUCAUCGAGGAGACCAGGGUAGAGGAUGAGAAGGAUGAGAUGGACCAAGACCUGGCUGAGAUCGCCCAGGAGCUUUCUGCCGCUCUGGAGACAGAGGCCACAGAUGAAGGAGAGGAUGAGGGAGAAGAGGGAGGAGAAGAAGCAGAGGGAGAAGAGGGAGAAGGGGGAGAGGGUGAAUCAGAAGAGGUUGUAGCCUCCACUGAUGCCCAAGUUAGCUCCAGCACACCUGCUGAGGAGGAAGAGGAGGUCAAAGAAGGUGGUGAUGAAGAGGAAGAGGGCAAAAAAGAAGAAGAGGAUGAGAAAGGAGAAGAGGGUGAGGGUGACAAGGAAGAUGAUACAGAAGGUGGUGAUGAGGGAGAAGGAGAGGGGGAAUUAGAGGAGACAGUCCUGUGCUCUAAAGCCCCAGAAUCAAAGGCCUCUCCUGACAAAGAGAAGGGAAGCGGAGGAGAAGAGGAGACAGGAGAGGGAGAAGAGGAGGAUGAUCAAGAUGAAGAUGCAGGUAGUGACAAAGGAUCCAAAGAUGGAGAUGAUAAGGAUGAGGAAGAUGAGAAGAAAGGAAAGGAUGAGAAAGAAGACAAAACAGAUGAGAAGGCAGCUGUAGCCAAGACAGAGGCUCCCAAAACAGAAGCCCCCAAGAGUGAGGCCCCAAAAGUUGAGGUCCAGAAAUCUGAGGCCCCAAAGCCCUCCAAGCCAGACUCCCUAAAAGCUGAAUCCCCAAAGGCUGGGUCCCCCAAGUCUGAGUCACCAAAAGCUGGAUCCCCCAAACAUGAAUCCCCCAAAGCUGGAUCCCCUAAAUCUGAAUCCCCAAAACCUGCUGGAUCCCCUAAAUCUGAAUCCCCAAAACCUGCUGGAUCCCCUACUUCUGAAUCCCCAAAACCUGCUGGAUCCCCUAAAUCUGAAUCCCCAAAACCUGCUGGAUCCCCCAAAUCUGAAUCUCCCAAAUUAGGAUCCCCCAAGGCAGAGUCCCCUAAGGGUGAGGCCCCCAAACCAGAAGCUCCAAAGUCAGAGGCCCCCAAGGCUGCAGAAGAGAAAGUAGACAAAAAGAGUGAUUCAGAGGAAGAGAAGAAGGUAGAAAAGAAAGACGCAGCCAUGAACGGAGAUGUGGAGAAGACUUCCCCAGAGGACAAGGACAAGAAGGAUGAGGGUGGGAAAGAGGCAGAGGAGAAGGAUGUUAUCUCAAAUGGAGUGGACGAGAGCCCCACUAAAGAUGACCCCGACCAGAAAGAUGAUCCAAAGGACCAGAAGGUGGUCAUCACCCAAACAGUGGAGACCAUCACCACUGGAGAGGACGGGGCCAAGCAUGUCACCAAAUCAGUCACUGUCACCGAGACUGUGAAGGAGUCUGAGGAUUUGAUGCAGGAGAAGACAGUCUCCAGCAAGAAGAUGGAGAAACACUCUUCCCAGUCCGUCAAGGUGGUGACUGAAACUGAGUAACUGCGCUCCAUCCAACCCACUCAGGAGGAACAAAGAUGACACGACGACAAGCAAUCAACCCAGAACUAACAUAACAAAGAAAUCAUAGAGCUAGAGCGAUGUAAUAAAGAUAACCACUCUCAAACAUACAGAAAAGCAACGAGAGAAGCCAUAUGAUGUGACAAAGCUAAAGUUUAAAAAAUGCAUGUUGAGAGAAAGCUUUAAAAGGGUUUUGCUGCGGAUUAUAUCAGGGAAAUGUGGUAGUGGGACAGAUUAUUAAUUGUCUUUAUUUUUCCCUGCAGUUCACGGGAGGGCUCACGGGUGGGGCGUCUGCAUGCUAGCUCAGGGAGGGAGUCCCCUCCGCUCUAACCUGUAUGUAUGGAUGGAAGGGUUACAGUUUAGAUGCAUACUGUAUGUGGGUGGGAGAGUGAUAGAAAUGUAUGUUAAUUCAAAUGUUAAUUCAAGAAGUGGUGCCUGGGUUGGAGGAUCCACUUUAGAGACACAUGUUCAAAAGGACUAGCCUUUUUAUGUGAAGAUACCAACUGAGCCAAAAAUACAAUCGUCGACAACACAAUAUAGUGAAGAAUGAGAAAGACGAUGGUGCGAUGUACUGAUGAUCAUAAACAUACAGUACCCGAAGCAACUAAUGCAUAAAGAACCUUGAAGAAACUCUGAGCCUUAAACAUGCUUUUUAUCAGUAUCUAUUAUGUUUACCUAAUGAGUGCAAUUGAAAAUAAAUAUGUAAAUGCGCACACAUACAUUCUUGUAUGCAUAGGAUGGACUUGACUUUAAAUAGCGAACAUAAAUGAGGUGCUACAGUUUGCAAUCCCAUGUCUUUACUCAUCAUGAACUAUUUCCCAGCAGCAUUUGCUCAAUAAAUGUCAUACUGAAAUACAAA